UGUAGCAUUGUUCAACUGUAGUCAUGUAUGUUUUAGUUCAAUUUAUGGUGUUGACUAAGAAUGCACUGUUGUAUUACUUACCUGCAUAUUUUGGAGCACUCUGACAACAUUUUUGCACAAAAUCAAGUGUUUAUGAUCAUGGCGGAUGUCGCAAUGAUGGUGAGCUCAAACAGCCUUUGAUUUGCCAAUCUUGGUCACAUGACUGUACAUCCGCUCCGUGACUGUUGCUGUUUGGCAGCUAUGACAACGAGCUUUGAAAGUUGUAUGAAUGGCUUCACCGAGGAAGAAGCUUUUCCCCUCUAAAGUGCAUCAAAAGUCUCUGAAAUGUACCGUAUACUUGGACGUUCAGAGAGUAAGUCACAUGUCCAGGAUUGCUCCUCUCUAAAACGAAUGCUGUCUACCUCAGUGUGUGUAUCAUGGGACAGUACAGGAAGACUCCCUGUUUGCCACCUGCAUUCCCUUUACUCUUCCAUCACAACAUGGUUUUUGUCAAGACUUUCCCCGGUGUUGCUGACCCUGCUGAUGUAGCUGACCUCCUCCAAGCUGACACAACAUCUUUUGAGCUGAUUCAGUUGGUGCCUCCAGAGGGUGAGAUCCUAGCCACGAUGGAGGAAAAUAGCAGAGAUUUCCUGUACCCUGGUCCCAGACUGAGCUCCAGAAAACUAGCUGAAGAAAGAGAGAUACUGAUGAAGAGAUCGUGCUCAUUUCCUGGAAUCUCCCCCAAAGUGGAGUUCAGCACGACAUCAAUCAUAGAAGAGAGUGAUGGGAGAGACAGUUUGCCUGCUUCACCUACUUCCUGUCUUUCUUCGGUGAGGCAGUCUUCAAAAAAGUCCCCUCCGCUCGGCAGGAGUUUUUCCAAAAUAGACAAUGCCGACUGUGUCUCUUCGAAAGGUGAGAAGGAAAAGCUGAAUGAUGAGGCAAUAAUUACAACCUCUGUUCCGUCCUCAACAUCCAGAUGCUCCCCUUCUUCAUGCGCAUCUGCCCGUAGUCCCCAAAAAAACAAGAAGGAAAGAAAACACACACCUUCCAGAGUUUCCAUAGACUUUGGUUACCAGCAGCCCACAGUUUCCUCAAGGACCCGAGCCUUAUCCCCUUACACCCACCGCAAGAUGUGCCAGCUUUCAGAAGACGCCCAGCAGAGGCUCAGCCAUCUCCAGCUAGGGCCUCACCACUUCAGGAGGGAGACUGAGAGCCAGCUGCCCUUUUUGGUAUCUGUUUGCAGUAAUGUCUCUGGGAUGGGAACUCUUUCCUCCUCUGCUCAGAGUGAUAGUACACAUGGACGCUCUGUCAGCUUCACAGCUGAUCACCCAGAUUCUUCUUCUCUCUUGGGGAGUUAUAGACCGAGAACAGCCAGAGUGAAGUCAGGCUCUGUGAGGGUCCAGUCAUCUCCAGAGAGACAGUCCAGGCCUGAAGCCCAAACCCAAAGCCCUGUGAGAGGUGCUGCGCUAGCUCAGUCCACCCUGACUGUGUCACACUCCACAAGUCCUCUGAGUCUCAGCCAUUCACUCAGAAAAAGACUCCAGACAAGCCAGCCCAGUCCAUCCUACUCGGAGCAGAUCCACAGCCGAGUCCAGAGGAUUCUGCAGACACACAAAACCACCUGGGAUCCUCAAGUGUCCUUUGACCUUUAACUUACUGAUCUCUCCACAAGGUGACAAAACCACUGAGGUUUAAAUACAAAGACUAUUCACUGUUAAACCAGUCACUCUAAUAAUGCACACUUAAAGCAGAUAUUAACUUUAAUCUGCCUUAUGUCUGUAGAAAUGGAUGAACACACACACAUUAAUGUACCUUAACCUCAGGAUUUUAUCAUUCAGUGAGUCAAACCAUCUCAAACGCUUGUAUCUUCAUUUAUCCCCCUUUGAUGUUCAUCUAAAUUUCCAACUAUCGCAGGCGCCCGCUGAGCCGUGUUUGUCGUCGUCACUCCUCAAAACAGCGAGGAAAUUUGCAGGGGUUGCGUUCAAAAGCAUAGCAGCACGGAUUCCCUCCCACCCAUCAGCUGGGCUGGUGUCUUAAAACACCCCGAUGGUGAAACCAAACAGAGACGUUGUCUAAUUUCCGCAAAGCCGUGUGUGAAAUUGGCUCGGGUAUAAAGAAGCAACAGUUUGUGUGUGUGUGUGUGGGAAGGAGACAUGGUGGAUGUAAGCUGCAGCUGUUAAGGGCUCAUCUCUCACAACACAAAGGAGAGACAAGAAGGUAGCCAAGAGCCACCGUUGGGAGCCAGCAGCUACGAGAGAUUUAAGAGAGAGGGGGAACAAAAGUAAUCCUGAAUGAAAGAGCAGGAGACACAAAGAAAUUUAGCCUGAAUAUAAAUUAAGACGUUCAGAUCCAUAGUGCCACACUGAAAUGUCUUAAACAUUCAGAGUGUAUGCAGUGUUGUACGUAUGUGCUCAUCAGAGAUCAUCUGCUCGUCAUAGUGAACACAUUGUCUGUGAUUUCAUUCAACCAUAGAAGCUGAAUUACCGCUUUUAUCAUGGCUAAAAAAACAAACAAAAAAGAAAUCCAGCUGUGUUGUGCGCUCCCGUCACAGCUUUACUUAUAAAAGGAUUAAUUUAUUUAAUUCUGAGUUAUAUUAAAUAUGGACUAGAGCAGUAUUAUGCCCCUUUGCCUCAGUCAGGGUGCAGUUUACAUCCAUGUCUGUCCAGACUCUUAUAAAGUGACUAAUAGAGAGCUGCAGAAUCAUCAAAAAUGAGAGAACAGGUGAAAGAUCACUUCUUUAAUGCGGUUGCUCCUAACUUAAUGUGUGAACCCAUCUAUUCCAUUUUAAAUGACUGUAUUACUUUUAUGUAGAGUUUGUCUUUUAAAUGUUAAUAUUAGCAGUAGGGAUCAUCAAACACUGGCAUGAUUGUGAGUAUUUCUCAACAGUAUUUCAUGUUUUAUUCUGGUUCUCACUUGGUUCUGUGCUUUUCUUUUUCAUGAGGUCAUCUUUUUUCAGAGUAAUCAAAAACAGUAAUUUAAAGGCCCUCUCCAGUCAAAAAUGUCUUUUUCUUCUUGUUUCUUCUGUUGAGUGUUUGAGCUUCACUGUGUAAAAUAACGUAUGUGCAGUUUGACACUAGGAGUCCGAUUUCACCGUCACCUCCUGAAAGUAUAAGGUUUGUGUGAUGUGGAAACGCAUACUGAAAUAUGCCUUUCAGUGAAGGAAGAGACAUCUUGUGUCCAGCAGCUAACUGGUGAAAUGAAAAAUAAGUACAUAUUAACAUAUUCAGAAAUUUUAAAUGAGGGAGAAGGACUAGAUGUCAUUUUAAAGAUAACCGAAAAAACAGACACAAGUUAUUUACCUUAGAAUAUUUUAUAUAAACCGCUUUGUAGGGGCUCUUCAAAGUUUUUAAUGACGGCUAAAUGUAUUUGAUACGCUGUUACCCCCAGCGUAAUGAAAAAAUGAUCACCUGACACUUGAUUCUGUUUGAAUAAUGACAGUGACAUUUGAUCCCACAGGACGUGCGGUGAGUUCAGUUCAGAAGAACCCGUACAAACACUUGUGCCAGUCAAAACAGUAGUGUUUUAAUGUUGACUGUUAUUACUGUACAGCAAAAUAAACACCUAUUUAGUUAAAAA